CCCUCACUCGAUAAGGCACCCUGCCUGGGUCCUCAGUUCAGUGCAACCGACGGCGAGGGAGAGAGGGCGAAAGAAAGGGAGAAAAUGGCUUACCACCUCUGCUCCGCUCCUUCUUCACUCCACCACCACGACCGCCACCCUCUCCCCCACUCUCUCUCUUCUUCUUCACCCAAACUCAGCCUCAAAAACUUCAACUUCAUUCCUUUCAAGUUCACCCAUCUUUCAUCUCACUCAGGACACAUCUCUCUCCGCCUCUUCCAAGUCUCUUUACGAGACCAAGUUUUGUUAGAGACUCAGAACCCAAAUUCACCAAAGCAACCGGAAUCUGAAUUUCCAGAUGAGAAAUCCAAUUCCUCACCCAAAAGUUACGUCUGGAUCAACCCCAAAAGCGCCAGAGCUUCGGAACUCCGUCGGAAAUCGUACGAUUCAAGGUAUGCAACUCUUGUGAAAAUAGCAGAGUCUUUGAACUUUUGUAAGCCUACAGAGGAAGAUGUUUUUACAGUUUUGUCCGGUUUAGAUGGCGACAUCGUAGAGCACGAUGCUGUAGUUGUUCUAAAUAACAUGGUGAACCCGGAAACGGCACUAAUUGCGCUUAAGUUCUUUCAGAAGAAGUUGAGAGUGACUAAGGAGGUAAUUCUUUACAACGUGACGAUGAAAGUGUUUAAAAAGUGUAAAGAUUUGGAUGGCGCAGAGAAGCUGUUUGAGGAAAUGCUUGAGAGAGGACUUAAGCCUGAUAACGUCACAUUUUCAACGAUAAUUUGCUGUGCCAGGGCGUGUUAUUUGCCGAUUAAGGCCAUAGACUGGUUUCAAAAGAUGCCCACUUUCGGUUGUGAUCCUGAUGAUAUUACCUACGCGGCCAUGAUUGAUGCAUAUGGACGAGCGGGUAACAUCAGUAUGGCAUUGAGCUUGUAUGACCGGGCGAGAACGGAAAAAUGGCGGAUGGAUGCCGUGACGUUCUCCACAAUGAUUAAAAUAUAUGGGAUGUCAGGAAAUUUUGAUGGGUGCUUGAAUGUUUAUGAAGAGAUGAAGGCUCUUGGUGUUAAACCAAAUCGGGUUAUAUAUAAUACCUUGUUGGAUGUGAUGGGGAGGGCCAAAAGGCCGUGGCAAGCAAAGUCUAUAUUCAAGGAGAUGACUGCCAUUGGCAUUUUGCCGAAUCAAGCAACCUAUGCUGCUCUGUUACGGGUAUACUGCAGAGCCCGAUAUGGUGAUGAUGCCAUUGCUGUCUAUAAAGCAAUGAAGGAGAAGGGUAUGGAGUUGAAUGUUGUUCUCUACAACUCAGUUUUAGCCAUGUGUGCUGAUCUGGGGCGCGUUGAUGAGGGUGUUCAGAUUUUUGAGGAUAUGAAGAAUAGUGGUACAUGUCUGCCUGACAGUUGGACGUUUUCAUCUUUGAUUACCAUAUAUUCCUGUAGUGGGGAAGUCUCAGAAGCUGAAGGUGUGUUGAAUGACAUGGUGGAAGCAGGGUUUGAGCCUAAUAUCUUUGUUUUGACAUCGCUUAUCCAAUGCUAUGGGAAAGCAAAUCGUACUGAUGAUGUUGUGAGGACAUUUGAUAAAGUUUUAGAAUUGGGCAUAACCCCUGAUGAUUGGUUUUGUGGUUGUCUACUAAAUGUAAUGACCCAAACAGAAAAGGAAGAACUUGGUAAGCUGAUCAUAUGUAUUGAGAAGGCAAAUUCCAGGCUUGCACUUGUGGUGAAACUUUUAGUCAAGGAAAAUGUGGGAGAGACGUUUAAGACGGAAGCAUUUGAGCUCUUUAAUUCCAUUCGCACUGAAGUAAAGAGGGCUUUUUGCAAUUGCUUAAUCGAUCUCUGCUUAAAGUUGGAUCUGUUAGAAAGAGCUUGUGUGCUGUUUGACAUGGGGCUUACACUUGGGAUAUACACAGAUAUGCAGUCUAAGACUCCUACUCAGUGGUCUUUACAUUUGAAGGGUCUCUCCCUUGGUGCAGCUCUGACUGCAUUGCACGUCUGGAUGAAUGAUUUGGCCAAAGAACUGAAGAAUGGGGAGGAACUUCCUCCAGUGCUUGGAAUCAAUACUGGACAUGGGAAACACAAAUAUUCAGAGAAAGGUUUGGCAGGUGUGUUUGACUCACACUUGAAGGAGCUAAAGGCUCCAUUCCGUGAGGCUCCAGAUAAGGUUGGCUGGUUUUUGACAACAAAUGUUGCAGCGGCAUCAUGGUUAGAAUCUAGAAAAUCUCCUGAAUUUGUUACAGCAUAAGUGCUAUGCUGGCUAGGGUUUGAUCUGAAAAGAGUAGCUCCUCAAGUUGAUAAAUUAUGUCCUGAAUGUUGUGCUUAUGUGAAAAGAGAAGCUCCUCAAAUUGAUAAAUUAUGUCCUGAAGUAUUGUGCUUUACUCCAAAUUCCCCACUUCUAUGUCUUUUGCGUAGUUUAUAUCCCUUGUUUGAGAGAAAUUUUUUGUAUAAUUAGUUGAAAAUAACUACUUAUAAUUUUAUACUAUUUAUAAUUUUAUACUAAAAA